AUGAAGGAAUUCACAAUGAACUAUCCCAUGAUUGAAAGAGGAAAUCAUGUUAAAGAAUCAUGCUUAUUCACAAUUGUAUUAAACUCUCAAAGAAUCACAACUCAAAAGCUUAAAUUAAUCAUAUUCUGUCGAAAAAUAUAUGAAAAAUAUCUCAUCAACUUAUCCGAUGAUACAAUUGAAAUAUAUAUUAACUUUUUAUGCAAUGACACAGGCAAUAUCUUUGCUCGAUUUAUUGAAGAAGGAAUUUUGAAUUUUCCCAUUGAUAGAAAUCAUUACCGGGAUCUAUUUGAAAUAGGAAGAUAUCUUGGCAUAGAUAUUAUAAUCGACGUUUUCCGCGAGUAUACAAAAACAUUUAAGGAAAUUAAUUUAGAAAAUUUCCAUGAUGUUUUAGAAUUAGCAGAAUUUGACAACAACAUGGAAAAAAUCAAUGAAUGUAUCACAUUUAUUGCUUCAAAUAUGUAUAAAUUAGGAGAGGAUUUUAUUCUUUCAACCCUGUUUUCCAAUGGAUAUGAUUUUUCCGAAAGAGUUUUUACAUCAAGCUCAUUAAGAACCAAAUCAGAUGAUUCAAUGUGCAAUAUAAUACUGAAUUUAAGCGCGAAAAACAGUUCUUUCAUUUUACUUUUGAAUUACGCCAAAGUCGAAAAUUGUUCAGCAAAUAUCUUAAACAGGAUGUAUAAUUUUUCAGUAGAAAACAACUUGGAGUCAAUAACAAACAAAGUAUUUUUCACAGCACUCAGUCGCAAGUCUUCUACUAGUAAUUCACCGGUAAAAUCAAAUAUUUCAGAAUCAAAUAAUUCUCGUAAUUUCAAGAGAACUGAAAAUAAACCAUCUCAGCCUUCCUUUAAGAAAUAUUCAACCGAAAUCAUUCAUUACCAAGGUACCAUUCAAGAUAAAAAGCUUGAUUCUGAUUCAAUUAUAGAGCAUGCAGAAAUUAAAACUAAUGACAAGCUUUCUGAAAAAAUUGAUAACAUUGAUACUCAAACAGAGUCUACGGAUAAUCAAACUGCAAAUCCAACAACUGAUGAAAUAACACAUGAUGAUGAAACUUAUCAAAAGCUUGAAAAUCUUGCUAAAAGAAAUAAUAUAAACGCAAUAAAAUCAUUGGUCAAUCAUGAUAAAGAAUUUAUUCAUAAGGAUAUCGUUCUAACUGCUGCCAAGAAGGGAAAUUUAAAUCUUAUUUCACAAUUAAGAAAAAUAAACCCGCAAUUCUUAUUAAGAAGAGAUCAAGAUGAAAAUACAAUUGCUCAUAUUUUUGCAAUGAAUGGCAAUUUACAGGGAUUUAAAAUGGUAUUUAAUUUGUUUGAUGUUAAUGAUACAAAUAAGCAUCAAUGGACAUUCUUACAUUUCGCAGCAUAUUACAAGCAGCCAAAUAUUUGCGCGCUUUUAUUAGCUGAUGAUAGUAUUGAAAAAAAUUUACUUAAUGAAGAUGGUAAUACUCCUCUUGAUUUGGCAAACCAGAAAAACAAUGAAUCAAUAAUUAAAAUCCUUAAGGAAAAUAAUUGCAAAUAA